AUGGUUGACGCCACCCGGGGCCAAAUCGACUCGAAGCUUCGGCUACCUCCGCCAACUUCCAAGUUACGGUUUGGCCCUCUGAAAACAAGUGCACCGUUGGUUACGUACAUGUUGGCCAACGAGAAGCCAGCAUCGCCUGGUCAGAUCAGUCCCCAGUGGUAUCCUCCGACUCUUCGUCUAGGAGGGGUUAGGCCCGUGGCGGGGCCACUAGAUGUCUCAAUCACCAACAGCAUCAAUCGUAGCACAUGGUGA